AUGGAGGCCGGGGCAGGUCGCGUUCGCGAUGACAGCCCUUCCCAAGCGGAGGCAGUGGCGGAGGGGCAGCACCAGAGGCAGGAGCGUCGCAGGCGCCGCCGUCGCCGACGUGCCAGUUACCACCGCACUGCGUCCUCAAACUUGCACCAGCGUGGGCUUCGUGCCUACCGUGUUUCAAUCUACAGCCGGAACCUCAUCGCUUCGCUGGCCCGCGUCAUUCGCGGUGAUGGCGAGCACGCCGUUGCGCAAAUCCACGAUGAAGAAUCCACCAACACAGAAGUCUUUCGCAUGGAGUCAGGUCCUGUGGGUGUGAUCCAGGACAUUGUCGUCUUUAUCGCACUUGUGGACACGGUGAUUCGCGCUGUUGCACACGUGCACGCGCCAAUCCUCACACACGUCGACUUCAUCAACGUCUUCCUCACCGUCACAGUCGCCCUGAGGCUUGCCUUUGACUGGUACGAUGGCAACUUCAUCGUUCCAAACUUCCUACACAUAUGGGCACUUCGGGGCGCUGCUCUCAGUGUCACAACCGGCAUUCUCCGGAUGUGCCAGCGGUCCAGUGACAUUGUUGAGUUGACCGUCAGCAUGCUCAAUCUCAUCCUCACGUUGUUCUGCGUGGUCAUCACAUCCAUGUGUGGGGUGGAGCACCUGGAAAAGGGGAACGAAAACAACUUCACUCUCUUCACCGCACUUUGGUUUGUCGUCGUCACCUUCUCCACCGUGGUACGUGCAUGA